AUGCCCGGCCCCGAGCACUUCAGGUGCUUGGAAUGUGGGAAGAACUUCAGCAAGAGAUGCAACCUCUUGAGGCACCAGCACAUCCACACUGGGGAACGGCCCUACACGUGUGAGGAGUGUGGGAAGAGCUUCAGUGACCGCUCCACCCUCCGCAACCACCGUCGCAUCCACAGUGGGGAACGGCCCUACACGUGUGGGGAUUGUGGGAAGAGCUUCAAACGGAGUUCCAACCUACUCCAACACCAGAUGAUCCACAGUGGAGAAAGGCCCUACAUGUGUGGGGAAUGUGGGAUGAACUUCAAUCAGAUCUCUGCCCUGCUCCGACACCAGAUGAUCCACAGUGAACGGCCCUACACGUGUGGGGAGUGUGGGAAGGGCUUCAGGGACAGCUCCAGCCUUUGCAAACACCGUUGCAUCCACACCAGGGAAUGGCCCUACAAGUGCUUGGAAUGUGGGAAGAGCUUCAGCACAAGCACCAAGCUGCUCAGCCACCAGCACAUCCCCACUGGGGAACAGCCCUACACGUGUAGGGAAUGUGACAGCUCCACCCUCUACACCCACCUUCGCAUCCACAUCAGGGAGAGGCCUCACAAGUGUGGGGAGUGUGGGAAGAGCUUCAGGGACAGCUCUGCCUUGACCUCCCACCAACGGACCCACCGCAGGGAAAAGCACUUCACAUGUGGGGAAUGUGGGAAGAGCUUCAGGAAGAGCACGACCCUCCUCAGCCACCGUCGCAUCCACAGUGGGGAACGGCCCUACACGUGUGGGGUGUGUGGGAAGAGCUUCAGGAAGAGCUGCACCCUCCACAGGCACCGUCGCAUCCACACUGGGGAACAGCCCUACACAUGUGGGGAGUGUGGGAAGAGCUUCAAUCAGAGCUCCAACCUCCUCAGACACCAGACGAUCCGCAGUGGGGAACGGCCCUACAUGUGUGAGGAGUGUGGGAAGAGCUUCAAUCAGAGCUCCGCCCUGCUCCAACACCAGAUGAUCCACAGUGGGGAAAGGCCCUACAUGUGUGAGGAAUGUGGGAUGAACUUCAACCAGAUCUCCACCCUGCUCCGACACCAGAUGAUCCACAGUGGGGAACGGCCCUACACGUGUGGGGAGUGUGGGAAGAGCUUUAGGAAGAGCUGCACCCUCCACAGGCACCGUCGCAUCCACACUGGGAAACAGCCCUACACAUGUGGGGAGUGUGGGAAGAGCUUCAAUCAGAGCUCCAACCUCCUCAGACACCAGACGAUCCACAGUGGGGAACGGCCCUACAUGUGUGAGGAGUGUGGGAAGAGCUUCAAGCGGAGCUCCUACCUGCUCCAACACCAGAGGAUCCACAGUGGGGAAAGGCCCUACACGUGUGAGGAAUGUGGGAAGAGCUUCAAUCAGAUCUCCGCCCUGCGCCGACACCAGAUGAUCCACAGUGGGAACGGCCCUACACGUUGCUUGGAAUGUGGGAAGAGCUUCAGCACAAGCACCAAGCUGCUCAGCCACCAGCACAUCCACAGUGGGGAACAGCCCUACACGUGUAGGGAAUGUGACAGCUCCACCCUCUACACCCACCUUCCCAUCCACAUCAGGGAGAGGCCUCACAAGUGUGGGGAGUGUGGGAAGAGCUUCAGGGACAGCUCUGCCUUGACCUCCCACCAACGGACCCACCG